GCCAGCACUGACCGAAACGUCAUUCCGAUAAAGGCAGAAGCAAAUUCGUUCCCGGAGUCAAGAGGUGAAAAUUGUGUCUGCGUCAAACUUUUCCAAAACCUCUGUCGAUCGCUUUCCGAAGCAGCUCGUUAACUCUUCAACGCUUUAACUCUCCUCGUAACCACCCCAAACUAAACCAGAAUGCCGGCAGCAGCACCCCCCGCAGAGAAUGGGGCAGCCGUCCCAAAGACCGAGCUGCAGGAGCUCCAAAUGAAACAGCAGCAGGUGGUCGAUGAGUCCCUGGACAGUACCCGCCGUAUGCUGGCACUAUGUGAGGAGAGCACUGAGGUGGGAAUGCGAACCAUCGUAAUGCUGGAUGAACAAGGAGAACAACUGGACCGAAUCGAGGAGGGCAUGGACCAGAUCAAUGCCGACAUGCGUGAGGCUGAAAAGAAUCUGAGCGGCAUGGAAAAAUGCUGCGGUAUCUGUGUCUUACCGUGCAACAAGAGUGCAUCCUUCAAAGAGGACGACGGUACCUGGAAGGGCAACGAUGACGGCAAGGUGGUAAACAACCAGCCCCAGCGAGUGAUGGACGAUCGCAACGGAUUGGGCCCGCAGGCUGGCUACAUCGGAAGGAUCACGAACGACGCGCGGGAAGAUGAGAUGGAGGAGAACAUGGGCCAGGUGAACACGAUGAUCGGUAAUCUGCGAAACAUGGCGCUCGAUAUGGGCUCCGAGCUGGAGAACCAGAACAGACAGAUCGACAGAAUCAAUCGCAAGGGCGGAUCAAAUGAGGACAGGAUAAAGGCGGCCAAUGAAAAAGCGCACUCGCUUCUCAAAUAAAAAGGGUACCGAGUAUAUAUAUAGCAGUGCAUAUAUACAAUAUACACACCUCUAUCUAUACAUAUAUAUACAUAUACUUGUAUGGUUAUCGUUAUUAUUUUACCUCCUCCAUUUCGGAUAUCGAAACGAACACAGACGAACAAAUGUAAGUUGGUAGUUUUUCUUACUUCUUUCUCUCUCUCUCACACUCUUUCUCACUCUCUUUAUCUAUAUAAUAUAAAUGUAUGUUCAAUUAUUAGUUUCCGAUAUUUACUACUUAUGCGUGUAAUGGAAUAUAUUCACUAAGCGUUAAGUUUUCCUUUAUGUCAAUUCGUUUUUUUAUAAUACUUAUUAUGUAUGUAGGAUGUGAUAUUAUUAUAUACUAUAUAUGCCACAGAAUAGAACAGAACAGAACAGAACAGGAAAUAUGACUCACACAAAGACAUUAGAGAAUAAAACAUUGAUUAUGAAACAGUAAAAUAAUCUGAUCACUGCUUUUAUUUAAUCUCUUUCUACAUUGUUUUACAAUACUCUCUUACUCCUUAUUUGGUUCAAAAACAUUUGCUGCGUUCCAUUUUGUGCGCAAUUGAUCUUUGGUUUUGUACUUUUUGAUAGCAGCAAACUGUGCAGGCAAUUAUUUCGUGUGAUUCGGAGAUCGGUUGUCGAUUGGUUUGCGAACAGCUUUGAACAAGAAGAGUUUGCUGCUUUGCUGAUGAUCUAUUGUUUGGUCACGAUGGGAUGGAGCAAUGAGCAAAACUCGACACAAAUAAUUGCCUGCUGAGUUUUGUUUUUACUUCCUCUAAUUCCUUACUCUUUUUAACUUUACGGCCUCUUAUGCCUUUUACUUUUCCAACAAGCGAUCCACCCAACUUUUGAUUGUGUAGUGUAAGAUCUACCGCCAAGCUAGUCGAAUAUAUUGUAAACGAAUUGAUUUUUCGAAUAUACCUCACCUUUAUUCCAAUUUUUAAACCACACCGAAUCAAUAAUAACACCUCUAUUUGCUACUUACCUACUCCCCAACGACACCGUGUGCGUGACUGAUCUGACCCCUCCAUACCCCUGUCUGCUAUCAACUUCCGUAGGGAGAUUCCAACGCCACCAGGAUAGCGGCUGCUAACGAACGGGCUCACGAUCUGCUGAAGUAAGCUGUUUACACACAACCCAACUCACUCGAAGGCGGUGUAACCGUUGCGAUGGAGGGAUGUUAGACGUCACAGACAACGCGGGCGGGCAGGAACUGAGCAGUGUAAACUUGGUUGGUUUUUGUUCUCGUUACUGAUGAUGUGCAGUUUUGUUCGCAGCUGGAAAGCGCCAACCGCCAACCCACGGCGGGUGCGCUUGAGAAUAACCACGAAAUCCACCUAUUGAGUUUGAGUUUUACAGCAAAGCGGGGGUUCGAUCAGUGGACAUGAAAACAUAUACACAACACACACACAUAAACACACACAGGAGCAAUUGUAUGGUGGGAAGGAAAACUCUUUCAACCGGACGUUAGACUGCUUCUCGCAUUUAAAUGGGGCGUAAUAUGGCAAGCGCGGCAAGCGAGAACACAGGCAAGGAAUCAAAAAUGUGUAUGCGUGUGAAUCAGCGCCACCGGCUUGCUGGAUUAGUGUAAGCGAAACGCUUUAGGCUUAAGCAAGAAUAAUUGAGGUGACUACAAACCGCUACAAACAUACACACACGUACCCCCUCUUACAUUACAGCGAAGACACGGCAUAGCAGGACACGAGUAUAGCAGGAGGCGCAGCAAACGGCGCAAACAGCAGGAGCGAAGAAAGAAAAUGUUACAACGAUACUCUUAGGUUUCAUUAGGUUGUGCAGUUUUGCGUUUAGGUUCCUUUAGACAUACGCACACUCAUACACCCGCGCCCCCACACAACAUACUCACACACACACACACAUCUCUGUGUAUGAUUUUAUUGAUUUUCCAUCUUCUGUAGGCUACCGGGACCAAAGUAUCCUGUCCUUGCGUUCCACCACCGUUCUUCAUGCGUGCGUUUUUAACUCGUUGUUGAAGGAGGGAAAGAUAGAGAGAGAGAGAGAGAUAGGGUGCAUUGCGAGCGAUCACGCAGCAGCACGAUCGUUCUCGUUGUUCGCCACUGAAGGUGGCAACGGUGUAGGUUAAUCAUGCUUGUUUUAGCUCACAGUAGGAUAGGAUAAAAAUCUGUUUCCCCCUUCCUUCCCGUUCGUUUCUUACAUGCCCAACGGGUUGGCCAGUUUACUUUUUGCUGUCCCAGUGUGUUGUAGAACGCAUGAGAUGCGCCUGUCUUUUGUGUGUGUGUGUGUAAUGUGCCACACCCCGAAGCGAUGAUGAGAUCCUGGUUUGGAUCAUUUACAUACUUCGUUUCGUUAGUAGUGCAUUUGAAGCGUGUUAUAGUAGGUGGGUGUAGGAUAUGCUUCCCAUAGUCCAUUGUUACGGCUGUAUCUUUUUGCUUUUAGGGCAUUUAACAACGGCUAUGGCACGAAGCAGACAGCUGAAUAUAGAGCUACCUUCGCUUGUUUGAGUAACUGAACCGAAGCACACACGCGCAGUGGUUUGAGUGGUUCCCUUUUUCCCCCCACCGAGACAAAGCAACAGCACUUUUACACCCAGUCGCGAGAUGCAUCGAACCAUAUCAUCAUUCGAUAUGGGGAUGCAGCAGAAGUGCGCUUUUGGAUGAAAGUUGCAACGAAAAGCUCGAACCACCACCUGUAUGCGUGUAUGAGUGUGUGUGUGUUUGAAAACAUUCCGCGGCAAGGUGAACGAGUGAAUCGGCACAAAAUUGUUUGUUCGAACCCGUGAUACAGAGAAUUCGGUUCGCCGCGUGUGCUAAUACUCUCACUCACUCACUCUUCGUGUCUCUAGCGGUUUGUCCAGCGUUUGGAGCGUCAAACGCCACAGAGGACAAAACAGUGUUUUUAACUCGUUUGUUAACCUCGUGAACAUAAUUGCUUCUAAUAUACGCUAGCUAAACCUGAAGGCGUUACAUAGUGUUACAUAAAGUAAAGCGUAUUGCAUUCGCUAACGGCCAGCGUGUAGUGCGCUUUCUGUUCGCCAUUCGCGAGCAAAGAGGGUAGACUUGAUCAGGAGCUGGAACAGCGAACCGCGGUGCAUUGGGUGGUACCAUAAGUAUGCAUUUACUUUGCGCCGUUUGAAUUUGAUCAUAGUGUUGGUAGCUUAUUUGAAACGUUCUCAUUGCGAACCAUAUGCAUUUGACUAUUUCUAGCGACUUUGGCCAUAGAUGGCCACCAAUUGUCCGAUCAAUCUUGUAACGUAGUUCCCAGCACUCACGCACACACACACACACACACAUACACAGAGAGUGUACUAGUGUACGAGCAAGCCACAGGCAUUUAGGGCAAACUAAUCUCAACUCUCCUCCAACCCUAAGGAGGAAGGGUCUCGCAAACAAAACGCAAAGACAAUUUCCAAAACCGGACGCGGAACAGUUGGCGCGGUGGGUUGUGUAGGCCUAUUUACUUGCCACCCCAUUACAAAUCGUCCCAAGAAAGGAACGGAACAAGAAGAAGAAGAAAAAACAACCGCGAAAGUGAUUUAUUUUCCUGAUGACGGGCGCGCACUGUUCGGGGACUAGUUUGCAAGCAAUUUUUAUCUCGAUAUACAGCUUCAAUCUCAAUGAAAUAAGUAACAAACAAACUUACAGAAGAAAGAGAAAAAAAAACUCAUACACACAUACAAAAAUAUUCCAAAGCUACCCCAAGCGUGUGUGUGUGUAAGCACUGGGAAGAAGUGCAUAAGACGGUACAGAAACCAGCCACAAAAAAAGCAUAAAACAAAAAAAGGUCGGAACAGUAAAAACGGGGGCAAAUGAAAUUACUAAACCUUAAAGGCAAUGCGUACUUUAAUAAUAAAUAUAAAUAUACAAACUUAUUAUACAUUAUUAAUGAAAACAUUAUUUACUUAGCAAACAAAGAGAGCGAGUAAAUGUGCAAUGGACACGUUUACAUCAUAUCAGGCGAGCAGAAAGAAGUAAUACAAAACAUACACACUCACAUACAAGGAACACGGAAAGAAAAUUUACACACACACACACACACACCCAAAAGGCAUUGGAAAACCAAGAGAAGAAGGGGGAAAAACAAACCAAACACCGAAGUGAAUUGUAUCGCAAAGCAAAAGCUAAUAUAAUAAGCAAAACAUGUGUGUGUGUGUGUUGGACAAAAAGCAUAAGCGCACGCACGCAAGUGAUACGCAAUGCUUCUGCGUUGCCGUGUGAGCCGAAUGGAGUGCGCGAUGAAAGAUGAUAAAGGUUGCAAUAUUAUAUUGAGGUAUCUCACCGAUCGGAGGGGAAAACAAGUUCGACUAAUUAAAAUGGAAGAAAAACGCAAAAGCGAAAAAAGCAUUAAUCCAAGGCUAUAUGUAACGAGCAGGAUGAGGAGGACAGACAAUGGGCAGAGCGGUCCAGCAAGAAGUCAGGAAAAAGAUGGAAGCGUGAAGAACAGUGAAGAAACUUUAUCAUAUACCAAUUCUGCUGGGCUUAAUACUAAGAGACGGCGCGACACACUGCGGACACACUACUGAGAACAUAAAACAUCCAUACACGUACACACAAGAAGACACGCGUUCAAGUAUAUACACUCAUUAUUACGUUUGAACAAAUGACGUUGAUUGAAUAGAUUCAUCAGCAAUAAUAAACAAUUGUGAUAAUACAAUACAUACAAGAAGACGGAGACGGAGGAUGGAGGAAACCGCAAAAGCAUAAAAAGAAGGGAUAAGGGCCCGUGAUGGGAGCAGGAAGGAGGAAUUAUGAAGCAAUCGAAUGAAUGUAAAAGCCGUAGCAAUGAUGAUUGGAAGCUAGCAGCAUAUGUUUGUUUGACACACACAACAUUGCAGAAUAUUGAAUGAGAAGCGGAGAAGAAAGUGCUGGUAGAAUCGUAUGGAAUGGAAAAUGAAGACUCACACACAGACACAGUUUCGGUAAGCCAGUGACGCAACUGCUUUACACCCCGUUCGCGGGCAGUCUGAAGAGCUGUGGUACCUAAGAAUGCAAAUGGUUUGUAAUGCGCAGGAAGAAAGCACGUGGAGCUCUUCCAGGAGCACCACACGUUACUGUUACCACUGAAGGAUGCAAUCACUGGAUCUUUUCUUCCACCAUAACUUCAAGACUUCACACUCUGUUCCCUCUAUCGCAAAACACUCUCUUCCACUGGUACCUUCUACCUUUCCCGGGUAGAAGGAUCUUCAAUCUUCCUUCCAUCCAUUACGGUAUAGCGAGCAGCAUAAUAUGCUGGUUGAUCAGGACGUAUAUUGAUCACAAACGAUCGUGCGAUCUCGGCACCUAUUCUUGCAAUGUUGAGCUACUAGCGUGAACAAUGAUAAGUCUAGCUAAAUGAUACAUAAAUUCCGAACCGUGAGAAAAUAUGUGUGUGAAAGAGAAAGGAGAUAGAGGGCGAUUAGCUCCUUGGCUCCUUCAAGCAAAGCGUUUGGCAAUGAUGAUGGGGAAAAGCGAGCGAACACGAACCAGGUGACAAAAGUGGCACGACACAAACUUACAACAACCAACACUAGAACAAGAUCAACAAAGCAGUAAAAGCAUCUCUUUCUCACGCUCUAACUCUUAGCUAUCCCUAGCGAUUGAUACCCAACCCAAUGAUUGGCCAUUAGGGGAAAGUAAACUACCAUACCAUCUCUUGUUGUCUUUUAAAACAAAACAAAAAGCUCUACGUGUGUAUAAAACUACAAGUCAAAAGGUAAAGACAAAACUCCAAACUAUUGCCAUUAAUUCUGCGCAAAUAAGUAACUACUAAGCAUACACACAAACACAUCCACAUCUAGGCAGUAGCUGCGGAGAAGGGAUUGGAGUACGAAACAAGACAAAUGCAAGUAAAAGCUAGCAAGUAAAACGCUAAACGUUUCUCGUUCUGUUGUGAUUCUGAAAUUAUUUUGUUGUACGCUUUUCUUACAAGCUCUCACAUACACACACCAUUUCACUACUUGAGGCCACCGAAGCGAAGGCAAUUUUAAACAUCCUUUUCAAUGCCCUAGCACUGUUUCACGCCAGGGCGUGAAUAUUUCACCUGCAGAGAGGGACUGAAAUGAGCGGAAGAAGUGCAACGAUGUGCAAUGGGAAGGGGAAGAAGUGCAGGAGGAUUAGGAGAGGAGGGUGGCGAACACAUCACACCGAGCAAGCAUAUAUGCACUGGAUGAUGGGAUGAUUGGAUGGAUGGAUAAUGGAUGAACGGUGAUGAGAAAGCAAAAGCAAAAGUUUACGAAAUGUUAUCUAGUUAAGUUUGGCUACAAACAAAGAAAUUACUCUUAGCGUAAAUGAAUUCGAAAAUUUGUAAAUAGAAUAUACAUAAACACACAGUCGUACACACCUACAUAUUACACACAUACAGACCAUACACAACACGUACACACACACACACUACAGGCUGCACCAUGCGGACGGAGCACAGGUGACCGAACCACGGGAGCAUUGGAUCCUGGGGAUUUUGCUCAUUGUUGGCAUUGCUUCUCGAAACUUUGCUCCAACUCGUGUGAGGUCGUGUUCGGUGUGUGUGUGUGUGUGUGUGUGUGGUGGUCGGCCAAAAAAACGGCUAUUGAAUAUUUGCUAACCAAAAACCCCCAAGGUGAAUGAAAACGGCAAUUGCAUUGCAUUCAAAAGAAACAAACUGUGAGAUUAGCCCUCCAAACGUCUCGUACGAUGAUGUUGAUGUUGGGCCCUGAUGAUGGUGUUGAUGCGUUAUGUGACACAAUUUACACACACUCACACAUAAACACACACACACCGUUAUGCAUGAUGCAUUUAACUCUUGCGUCGACAAUGUGUUGUACAUUUGCGUUGUUCGUUUCCUUCCCUUGUAUUAAAUGCGCCUCCCUUUUGAUUGGCAUUCGCGAUUUUAUCAAUCUCCGUAACGAUCUGCGUGUUGUUGUUGUUGUUGAUGUUGUCGCGCGUGUGCGGGUGUGUGUGUGUUGCAAUUCAGUUCACCAUGCGCCUCCAUGCAUAUGCUUUUCGUGAGCGCGCACGUGCGCAACCCGAAGCAAGCUAACAUGCUACAAGCGCGUUAGAGGAUGCUCCAGAAAAGGAGGGGGUGGAAAAACCAUGCGAAAUUAACGGCCAAAAACGAUAUAAUAGGACAUAAUUCCUAAAAAAAACACACACACUCACACACAAAGAUACUAUUAUGCACAUAUGGAUGUGGCAUAUAAAACAGCUUGUUGAUUCGUUUUUAAAUAUGUUUUGCGCUAGUUUAACGUGUACACACUUCCUUGCCCUCCCUCCGAGAUGGGUUAGCAGUAGUAAGAAGUAACUGUAAGCGGCAACAGUAUUUUGUUCGGAUUUAUUUCUCGCUUCAUUGGCCACGCUGUAGAUCGCAGCCAUGUUGGUAGUGGGAUCGCCACGUUUCCUAGCAACAGGACGAAGGUGCCACGUGCGAUGGCAGUGGGCGUGGCAAAAGCUGUUUGUACAUAUACAUACGUAUGAUGGUGUGGAUUCGAGCUAGCAGAAGUUCGUAAGAAUCCCAAUCACAAACACAAGACACACAAUACAAAAUCAGACCCAGUGAUAAUUCGGCAUUUUAAUUAGAGACCUGAGUGUUUUAAAAUUGCAUAAUUACAACACAUUCUACCCCUUUAUCUGUGUUUUAGAAUCCAUUGCACGUAAUGCGUUAUACUAAUCACCCGCAACAGCUAGUGAUACAAUUGGUUCGCUUUUCACACUCUGCACUGAAAAAAGAAACAUCACUUUUCACACCUACUAAUCAAAUACACACACACAGAUACACAUUUUCACACAAGUAUGUAUUUACUGAUAAGGAGCAGGACAGCGCGCAACGGGCAGUGGUAGGGAAAGGAUCGGUAGGCGAGAAAAGGGACAGGGGGGGAGAAUAUGCGAACAAAAUGCUUUUUUGGUACAUUUCGUAUAAAAAAUGGUAUAAAAGAAACAAUUUCCAACAAACCCAUCUUACCGAACACUAAUUCAAAAUUAAUAAUCCUACAGCAAAAGCAACAAACAAACAAACAAAACCCAACAAACAAAAUGCGUAUAAACUAGCUGCAGAUUAAUUGAAACUGUAUUACGGUUAAUACUUUUUAAAAAUGUAUUUCAAGUAUCCUGUAAAAAUAAAAUGAUUAUAAUGGACCUAA